CUUGCGGCUCUCACAUAGAUUUCAUUCUAUUACAUUAGUCUUCGAUUACUAUAGAGUACUACUCUCCUCGUCAUCGUGGUCGCCGUCGUCCACAACGACCUUACAACGUGUACUACCAACUAACUUGUGUUCGUUUCUCACGUAACGGGUCCAGGAACCUCACUGCGGCCGUACACGUUUUCACAUCAACCAUCUGAAACUUAAUCACGAAAUAUGGGUCACGACAGACUGGCUGCUCUCAGAGCGCAACGGUCGAAUGCUACACCAGAUCCUGGACAGGGGGUCUAUGAGAUGCAACCGCAUUCUUCACCUUCUGCAAACGGCACUGGCAAUGGUACAGGGACAGACCCUUUGUCCGCGUUCUAUGCCGAAGCCACCGCUAUCCAAGAGUCCAUCCAAGACUUUGAUAACAAUGUCACUCAUAUCGCUGAAUUCCACUCCCGCUCCCUAAACGCCCUUGACGACGCAGCAACACAAGCAAACGCAACUCAGCUCGAACGCCUUACAGAUGAGACCAGGCAGCUCAGCAACAGUCUCGCCAACCGUAUCCGUGCCCUCGAGAAACCCGCUGGUGCAGGCCCGGAUGCUCAAAUUCGCAAAAACAGAAUUGAUGUCGUUCAGACAAAAUUUAUGGCCACCUUGCAGCGGUACCAGGAAGUUGAGCGCCAGUAUCGCCAGCAGUACCGCCAGCGUGUGGAGCGACAGUUCAAAAUAGUGAAGCCUGAUGCUACGCCUGACGAAGUUGCUGCUGUGGUGAAUGAUGACCAAGGCGGAGGAAGCCAAAUAUUUGCACAAGCAAUCAGUUCAUCAACUCGAUACGGGGACUCGCGGGCUGCAUAUCGAGAAGUCCAGGAACGACACCAAGACAUUCGCCGGAUUGAGCAGACCCUCGGAGAGCUGGCUCAAUUAUUCAAUGACAUGGGCACCCUUCUAGGCGAGCAAGAAGAGAAAAUUGACGCUAUCGAGACGGCAGCUGCAGGUGUCGCACAUGACACCGAGGGAGGACAAAGGCACACCGAGGUCGCAGUAAAACACGCCCGCUCUGCCCGACGAAAACGCUGGAUCUGCUUCUGGCUCACCAUCAUUAUCAUCCUCGCAGCUGUUGGUAUCGGUGUGGGUGUGUACUUCAGCCAGCAUCCAGUAAAGUCGAGUUCUUCUGGUUGAAGGAGCGGGAUCAUGGUGAUUAAUUAAUACGGACAUGACUGAGUCGUAUACCCCUUACUUUCUUUUGCAAUAGUCCACGCUGCCUCCAUACUUGCUCUAGUGAUAUUAGUUAACUAGGUUGUUUAAUACUUGGUACUUUGGUUUUACCGGUGCGGCAGAAUGACGAUGGUAAUAUUACGUCACGUCCAUUUGGCGUUAGUUCAGGACCGUGUAAAUUUGGCAGAACCUGCGUUUCACGAACGUCCU